AUGAAGUCCGGUCCAGGAACAGACCGCAACCAAGAACCGGUCCAUGGGCGCGGGCAACGCCAGGACUCCAAGAACGGCGCUGAGGCAGCCCAAGGCGGCGCCGAGGCCUCCUCGCCGUCGCGUCUCGCCGCAGCGCCCGUCGGCCGACCCCAGGAACGCGCCCGUGAGCAGGCCGGAGCCGGAAGCCGCGGCGCCCAUGGAUCGAGCUCCGCCGCGGUGGGGGUCGACCAGAAGGGCAAGGGCCCCGCCGCUACUCCUCUUCCGGAACCUCCCGCUCCAAGCUCCGCGGGAAGCAGCCCGUCCCUCCUCGACAGCGCCUGGCCGUUCGGGGCCGGGACGGUGAGCUCCGCGGCCGUCGACUGCAAGGAAGUGUUCGACCGGCUGGUUCGAGCGCAGGCGGCUGUCAACGAGGCCGGCAGGGGAUCGGCCGAGGAGGGGGACAAGAAGAAGAAGAAGCCGGAGGAGGCGGAACAGGUGGAAUCGUCGCACCACAAGAAGGCGCUCUGGAGCAAGCUUAAGAACUACUAG